UAUUUUGAAGAGAAAGGGACUAUAGUCUAGAAGACCAGCACUAGGGCAAUAACUAAGACACACACGAAAACAGCGCGGCAUGGGGACGUGGUCAUAUGCGGGAUUGCUGGUCGCUUUCUUAUUAAACUGGUUCACUGCCGAAACAUCCGCAAUAACUGGUUGUGACUACUUUCCAGAACUCUGUGAUCAAGAUAUAGAUGUAUUUUUAGGCGAACCAAGAACCGCCGAAAAGAGAUUUCUCAGAUUUGGAAAGAGAGCUUUGAGUGGUGACCACUACAUCAGAUUUGGUCGUAACACUGACGACAAGAGAUUCCUCAGAUUUGGCAAAAGAGGACAGGAAAACAGUGUAGAAAACGACUUACGAGCGGCCCUUAAUAAAGUUCUACAAUUCAAACAGGAAACAGGUUUUCCAUUGAGGAAAAGAAGAUCAGCCGAGCCCCCUUUAAUAAAAGAUGUGCCAGAGCCCAAGGAUAAUGACAACUCGACAGAAAAAGAAGAGUCCGAAAAACAUAAACGCGAAGCUGGCGAAGUCUCCCAAGACAAACGAUUUAUGAGAUUUGGACGAACGCCUUCUGUUGACUCAAACCAAGAUAGCAUCUAUAUGAAAAGAUUCAUGCGUUUUGGAAGAGAUCCUGGUUUUGACAAAAAAUUUAUGCGCUUCGGUAAAGACGGGAAUGAGAAGAGGUUUAUGCGAUUUGGAAAACGAGAAGACGAUGAUAUGGUUACAGAUGAUAAGCGGUUUAUGCGUUUUGGUCGUGAUUCUAAAGACGACACACUUAUGGAAAGAUUUGUUCGCAACGGACGAAGUGGAGACGACAAACGGUUUAUGCGAUUUGGAAGAAGCGGAGAAGACGAAAAGAGAUUCAUGAGAUUUGGGAAAAGAGAAGAUGAUGAGAAAAGAUUCAUGCGAUUUGGCAAAAGUGGAGAUGAAGAAAAGCGAUUUAUGCGAUUCGGCAAAAGAGGGGAUGAUGAGAAAAGAUUCAUGCGAUUUGGCAAAAGUGGAGAUGAAGAGAAACGAUUCAUGCGAUUUGGCAAAAGUGGAGAUGAAGAAAAGAGAUUUAUGAGAUUUGGAAAAAGUAUGGAUGACGAAAUGCAGGACGAUGAAAAAAGAUUUAUGCGAUUUGGUAAAAGUAUAGACGAUGAGAAACGAUUCAUGCGAUUCGGAAGAAGUGGAGACGAAGAGAAACGAUUCAUGCGAUUCGGCAAGAGUGGCGAUGAGGAGAAACGAUUUAUGCGUUUUGGAAAAAGUGGAGACGAAGAAAAACGAUUCAUGCGAUUCGGCAAAAGUGGAGACGAAGAAAAACGAUUCAUGCGAUUCGGCAAAAGUGGAGAUGAAGAGAAACGAUUCAUGCGAUUUGGAAAAAGUGGAGAUGAGGAAAAAAGAUUUAUGCGAUUUGGACGUGACCAAACGGACAAACGUUUUAUGCGAUUUGGUAAAUCUUUGUGAUAUUUCUUAAGUUUUCUUAAGGAACUUUAAAAUAUUUGAAUGUAAGCAGUGUAUGCGAUACAUGUAUUAUAUUGUAAAUAAUGGGCUUUAAUUUUUUUGAUGAGAACGUUAAUAAAUUGUACAUGUAUGUCAUUUCCGGAAAUUACAUUCAAUAAAUAUUAUUUUCUUAUACAUAUUACAUAAAUUCAUACAUGAUGUACUUAGUAUUUUUGCCCAACUAUGUUGAGCAUGCUUGGGUAUCAUGCUUCGUUUAUAAAAUAGUUGUUAAUAAAAUUGUUUUUACUCAUUAA